UUCCAAUUUUCCCGCGAUGUCUUCUCUAAAAGAUGUCUGUUCUGGGCUGCCUGUGGACCAGCUGCCGCCACAGAGGGACCGGGACGACUCUGUGCCGCACGCGCCGGUUCGAACUCCCAACUUGACCCCUGAAGAAGAGAGGUUGGCCCUGCAGAAUGCCCUGCGGUACUUCCCACCAGAGCUGCAUGGUGUCCUCGCUCCAGAGUUUGCCCAGGAGCUGCGGGACUACGGACACAUCUACAUGUACCGCUUCAGGCCACAGUGUGAGAUAAGAGCCUACCCCAUUGAUGAGUACCCGGCCAGAACUCGCCAGGCUGCUGCCAUCAUGCACAUGAUCAUGAACAACCUGGACCCAAGGGUGGCACAGUUCCCCCAUGAGUUGGUGACCUAUGGUGGCAAUGGACAAGUGUUUGGGAACUGGGCACAGUUCCUGCUGACGAUGCAGUACCUGUGUGAGAUGACAGAGGACCAGACACUGGUCAUGUACUCCGGCCACCCCGCUGGACUCUUCCCCAGUCACAGUGCAGCACCGAGGGUCGUCAUCACUAAUGGCAUGGUGGUUCCAAAUUAUUCCUCCAGAGAGGAGUAUGAAAAGAUGUUUGCACUAGGAGUCACCAUGUAUGGACAAAUGACUGCGGGAAGUUACUGCUACAUUGGGCCACAAGGAAUCGUCCAUGGAACUACAAUCACGGUUAUGAACGCUGGUCGCAAGUACCUGGGUUUGAAUGACCUGACUGGAAAGGUGUUUGUGACCUCAGGGUUAGGUGGUAUGAGUGGUGCCCAGGCCAAGGCAGCUGUCGUAGCCGGCUGUAUCGGAGUCAUCGCUGAGGUCAGUGAGGAGGCACUAACCAAGAGACACAAACAGGGUUGGCUGAUGGAGACAACCUCCAACCUGGAUGAAUGUAUGAACAUGAUCAGGAGGUACAAGAGAGAGAAGAAGACCACCAGCAUUGGUUACCUUGGCAAUGCAGUAGACCUCUGGGAGCGGCUCGUGCAGGAGUAUGACAGUACUGGUGAGCUGUUAGCAGACCUGGGAUCUGACCAGACCUCCUGUCACAACCCGUAUGGUGGGGGAUACUACCCUGUACAGCUGUCCUUUACUGAGGCCAAUGAAGUGAUGCACAGCGACCCUCUCAGGUUCAAGAACUUGGUGCAAGAAAGUUUGCGCCGUCAGAUCACUGCCAUCAACAAGCUGUCUGAUCGAGGGAUGUUCUUCUGGGACUAUGGAAACGCCUUUCUACUGGAGUGUAAACGGGCAGGUGCUGAUGUGAAUAAAGAAGGUGACACUUUGGGCACCAGGUUCCGCUACCCUUCCUACGUACAGGAUAUCAUGGGUGACAUCUUCUCACUGGGUUUUGGUCCGUUCCGCUGGGUGUGCACGUCUGGGAACCCUAAUGACCUGGCCACCACAGACGAGAUCGCUACAUCUGUACUGGAGGAUAUCAUCAACAAAGGAGUUCCUGAGAGCGCAAAGCAGCAGUUCCAGGAUAACAUCAGGUGGAUCAAGGAGGCAGGCAUCCACAAGAUGGUUGUAGGUUCCCAGGCCCGUAUCCUGUACGCGGACCGUGUGGGUCGUAUCGCCAUCGCCACGGCUUUUAAUCAGGCAGUGGCUGAUGGGAAACUACAAGGGCCCGUUGUGAUCAGCAGGGACCACCACGAUGUCAGCGGUACGGACAGUCCUUUCAGAGAGACCUCCAACAUCUAUGAUGGUUCAGCAUUUUGUGCUGACAUGGCUGUUCAGAAUUUUGUUGGUGACUCGUUCCGAGGUGCCACAUGGGUGGCUCUACACAACGGUGGGGGAUGUGGCUGGGGAGAAGUGAUCAAUGGUGGGUUUGGUCUGGUGCUGGAUGGUUCAGAGGAUGCUGGUGAGAGGGCCAAGAUGAUGCUUCAAUGGGACGUCUCUAAUGGGGUUGCUAGGCGGAGCUGGUGCGGCAACCAGAACGCGAAGGAGGCCAUCUGCCGUGCCAUGGACCAGAACAGCAAACUCAAGGUCACCAUGCCUCACGCCGUGGAGGACGAAAACUUACUGGAGAGGGCCUUCCGCAACUAAACAGGGCAUUCUGAAACUAACAACCUACCCAAUGCAUUGGCGUCUUGUCUUUGGAAAGUUAGAAACAAUACUGCUUUCUCAUGAGAAGAAAUUAUAGGCUUCAGAAGUGUCUGGAAACAGUAGAUAUCAGCCAAAUAGACAGAUAACAGGCCAGUCAGCCACCAGUGGAUUUGGUUCGCUAGAGAAUUUGCUGCUCCAGAAGCCUGGUAGAUAGGGUCCUUCUAGUAGAGCUUGUAAGACAAUCUACAGAGAACAGAGAGAAGGGGGGAUACAGACUCAGUACAUUAGGGGCUGCAUGCAUUCUUCCUACAAUGCCACCAAGUGGCAAGGAGUAGUACUGCAGUCAAGUCCAUUCAGGCCUGGAAGUUACCAAAACCUCAGAGAAUAAGAGCUACUUCAGUUCCUUUUUUUGGUGAUUCACGAACUUCAUUUUUCUGUGUCUCACAUAUAUGCUAUUGGUGAUGGAAUGUACAUGUAUCUACAUGUAUGUAAGGUUAGGUACAUUGACACUAAGAGGUCACUAAACCUAUGUAAUUGUAUGCUGCUGUUAGGUACAAUCUUAUCAAUAGGACAAGAUUUGUGUAAAAUGAAGACUUGAGCUGUAUUCCUUGUUGAAAUCUUCAAGGCUCCUCGACAUAGAUAUUUUCUUAGAAGAAAGUUUUGCUAAAGCUUUGUUGCAGUGGCUAUCGAUAUAGAACUGAGUGGCAUAUGAUAAUUGUAACUACAUGUGCAAGUAUUAUAUAUAACAUAGGGAUACGAUUACCAUCAGGUUUUAAUCCAAAUCAUGUUACUUUGCAGAUUUGCCAGAACAUUGCCAUGAAUUCAAAUGAUUAUAUGGUUGACAGCGUUUGGAACUACAUUGUUCUUUUGUUGCUUAUACUAUACCAAUACUUGCCUUGGUGACAGUAAAAUUAACAAAUAUAGAAAAAUAAAAAUAUCACCACA